AUGAACAAGCUUUACAUCGGCAACCUCAACGAGAGCGUGACCCCCGCGGACUUGGAGAAAGUGUUUGCGGAGCACAAGAUCUCCUACAGCGGCCAGUUCUUGGUCAAAUCCGGCUACGCCUUCGUGGACUGCCCAGACGAGCACUGGGCGAUGAAGGCCAUCGAAACUUUCUCCGGGAAAGUAGAAUUACAAGGAAAACGCCUAGAGAUUGAACAUUCGGUGCCCAAAAAACAAAGGAGCCGGAAAAUUCAAAUCCGAAAUAUUCCACCUCAGCUCCGAUGGGAAGUACUGGACAGCCUGCUGGCUCAGUAUGGGACAGUAGAGAACUGUGAGCAAGUGAACACUGAGAGUGAGACGGCAGUGGUGAAUGUCACCUAUUCCAACCGGGAGCAGACCAGGCAAGCCAUCAUGAAGCUGAAUGGCCACCAGUUGGAGAACCAUGCUCUGAAGGUCUCCUACAUCCCUGAUGAGCAGAUAGCACAGGGACCUGAGAAUGGGCGCCGAGGGGGCUUUGGCUCUCGGGGUCAGCCCCGCCAGGGCUCACCUGUGGCAGCGGGGGCCCCAGCCAAGCAGCAGCAAGUGGAUUUCCCUCUUCGGCUCCUGGUGCCCACCCAGUAUGUGGGUGCCAUCAUUGGCAAGGAGGGGGCCACCAUCCGCAACAUCACAAAACAGACCCAGUCCAAGAUAGACGUGCAUAGGAAGGAGAAUGCAGGUGCAGCUGAAAAAGCCAUCAGUGUGCACUCCACCCCUGAGGGCUGCUCCUCCGCUUGUAAGAUGAUCUUGGAGAUUAUGCAUAAAGAGGCCAAGGACACCAAAACGGCUGACGAGGUUCCCCUGAAGAUCCUGGCCCAUAAUAACUUUGUAGGGCGUCUCAUUGGCAAGGAAGGACGGAACCUGAAGAAGGUAGAGCAAGAUACCGAGACAAAAAUCACCAUCUCCUCGUUGCAAGACCUUACUCUUUACAACCCCGAGAGGACCAUCACUGUGAAGGGGGCCAUUGAGAAUUGUUGCAGGGCUGAGCAGGAAAUAAUGAAGAAAGUUCGGGAGGCCUACGAGAACGAUGUGGCCGCCAUGAGCCUGCAGUCUCACCUGAUCCCCGGCCUGAACCUGGCUGCUGUAGGUCUUUUCCCAGCCUCGUCCAGCGCAGUCCCGCCACCUCCCAGCAGCGUUACUGGGGCUGCUCCCUAUAGCUCCUUUAUGCAGGCUCCCGAGCAGGAGAUGGUGCAGGUGUUUAUUCCCGCCCAGGCAGUGGGCGCCAUCAUCGGCAAGAAGGGGCAGCACAUCAAACAGCUCUCCCGGUUUGCCAGCGCCUCCAUCAAGAUUGCACCACCUGAAACACCUGACUCCAAAGUCCGUAUGGUUAUCAUCACUGGACCGCCAGAGGCCCAAUUCAAGGCUCAGGGAAGAAUCUACGGCAAACUCAAGGAGGAGAACUUCUUUGGUCCCAAGGAGGAAGUAAAGCUGGAGACCCACAUACGUGUGCCAGCAUCAGCAGCUGGCCGGGUCAUUGGCAAAGGUGGCAAAACGGUGAACGAGUUGCAGAAUUUGACGGCAGCUGAGGUGGUAGUACCAAGAGACCAGACCCCUGAUGAGAACGACCAGGUCAUCGUGAAAAUCAUCGGACAUUUCUAUGCCAGUCAGAUGGCUCAGCGGAAGAUCCGAGACAUCCUGGCCCAGGUUAAGCAGCAGCAUCAGAAGGGACAGAGUAACCAGGCCCAGGCACGGAGGAAGUGACCAGCCCCUCCCUGUCCCUUCGAGUCCAGGACAACAACGGGCAGAAAUCGAGAGUGUGCUCUCCCUGGCAGGCCUGAGAAUGAGUGGGAAUCUGGGACACCUGGGCCGGGCUGUAGAUCAGGUUUGCCCACUUGAUUGAGAAAGAUGUUCCAGUGAGGAACCCUGAUCUCUUAGCCCCAGACACCCACCCAAUUGGCCCAACAUUCUCUGCCCCUCGGGGUGUCAGAAAUUCUAGCGCAAGGCACUUUUAAACGUGGAUUGUUUAUAGAAGCUCUCCAGGCCCCACCAAGAGGGUGGAUCACACCUCAAGUGGGAAGAAAAAUAAAAUUUCCUUCAGGUUUUAAAAACAUGCAGAGGGGUGUUUUAAUCAGCCUUAAAGGAUGGUUCAUUUCUUGACCUUAACAUUUUUCCAAUUUUCUUCCCCCUACUUGGGUAAUUGAUUAAAAUACCUCCAUUUGCUGCCUCUUUCUAUAUUUACACUAAUUGUUUUAUCUUUAUUGCUACCAGAAAAAAAUGCAAAUGAAUGCAUUGCUUUGCUUACAAUAUUGACUCAAGGGAAAAGAACUGUCAGUAUCUGUAGAUUAAUUCCAAUCACUCCCUAACCAAUAGGUACAAUAGGGAAUGAAGAAGAGGGGAAAAUGGGGAGAAAGAUGGUUAAAAUACAUAAUAAUCCACGUUUAAAAGAAGUGCCCUUGUGGCUGAUCUGUUCCAGAUCACCGUCUUCAAAUUGGCACAACUGAAAUUUCCCCACUGUGUUGGGGCUUCCCCACCACAUUCACCUCCCUCUCUCGUGUAGGCUUCACAUUAUGUCCAGGUGCACAUAGGUGGUAUUGAAUGCUCAGCAGGGUAGGGGCUGACCACUGUCCCUGAUUCCCAUCGUUCUCAGGCGGAUUUUAUAUUUUUUUAAAGUCUAUUUUAAUGAUUGGAUAUGAGCACUGGGAAGGGGACGCUAACUCCCCUUGAUAAAGUCUCAGUUCCAUGGAGGACUUGAGUGGCCCCAAAGGCUGCCACGGUGCCCUCACCCCAGCCCAUGUGCUCCCAUAAGGGCUGGUUCCUAGAGGCAGGGGUUGUGGGGCACUCCCAGCCACGGCACUGUUUCCUUGGUGGUGGGACUUGGAACCCAACCCUGAGCUCCCGAUAAAGCUAAAGUCCAUCAUCUGGCAAAUUGAGUAAAUUGGAGAGUACUUGCUUCUGUUUGUAUCUGAGAGGAAUUUUUAACUGACGGCUUCUGUCUCUAUGAAUCAUUAUCAGCAUGAUAAAAAACAAUUCAGAAUACCAGCAGCAUUGUAUAGCAAGGGGUAAAUAUAAUUUAUUGAUUUACCAGGCUUAUUAAGAUCCUAUGGAGUGUUUAGCCCUUGUGGGGGACAGAAGCCAUCAGUUAAAUGAGGCUAGGCCUCCCCUCCUAAUAUACUGAUUGACAAUGCAUAUUAGCCAGGUAAUGCACUUUAGCUACCCUGGACAAUGCUAUCAAGUGUGCUGGGAAGGGAGGCCUCUCUACAUAUGGAAAAGCCCAUGCGUGGAGUUCCCCUCCUUUCAACAUUGCAACAACAGUAACAACAAGACAACCGCAACAUGUGGGCGUAGUCAGGCAAUGCUGUGUGCGAAGUAAACUACCUCAAGGUAUGAAGUUACCUCAGCAAUUAUUUUCCUUUUUGUUCCCCCCAACCCCAUUAAAAAAAAUUUUUUU